AUGUAUGGUUCACGGGUGAUUGCUAAAAGGAUGAAUAAAAGGAGGAGGGGUGAUAUUCCUGUGUAUGUAAUAAGCACCACUAGCACCAGAUCUCAUCAUUCUUUCCCAUCCCUCUUCACCCUCAACAUCCCUUACAGCGACGCCGCUGUUAAAAAUGUAAAUAUUGUUGUUAAAGUGUGUUCAUUCUCGAACAAAUUUCUGGUUCCGCUCCUGCUGAUUCCGAUCUCUAAUAGAACAAGUGGAAGCAAGAUCGAAUCAUCUCCUCCAAGCCAUGAGAUCUUCAAAUAUCUGGUGCCAUUAUUAUUUGCUGCCGUCGCCACGAAGUGUCAAGUCAAAAAUGAGGAUCCAUUUGAAGCACGCCCGAUAAACAUGUGGUGCUUCGUUAUAGCCACAAUCAUCUAUGGCAUUGCAUUGGGAAUAAUGGAACGAAAUAAAAACCAUGUUGCAAAAUACUUGCAUAUCAUAGACCAUGUUAUUCUCGUCUCUGGAGCUCUUUCUUCUGUCUCAUUACUAUCGGUCCUCCUCCCAUGUGGCCUCGGAUUCCUGAGUUUUGCUGUAAUGCCAUUUGUACUAAUAAUAAUAGCAUGGAAUAAACUCAAGCGUGGAUGUUGUUGGCUCUAUGACAGAGCAACCAGAUAUUCGGAAUUGGUCCACCUAAGGCAACAUGGCAUGGCAGCGCAGCCAAAUCCAUCACUGCGAGUGUAAUCCUCUCCACUCAUCCUCAUGGUGUUGCAAUCGUUCAUAUCCCUUUUUUGGUAUUCUGGCAACUUGGAAUUCAUCGUGGCAUUUGACAAGGUUUUUUGGUCCUUGUAGUGCCACGAUUUGUUUAUUGAUUUUCUUGUGGUUUCUGGUUGGAUUACUUGUCCACCUUUGUUUCAACCCAUGUUAUACUUCGUUAUAUUAUUUAUGAAAUUUUGUUUGUUAUCAGGAAAAAAAAAUGUAUUUAUCUUGUUAAGCAGAUGGGGAAAAGUAACAGGUUUUGGAAUUUUGCUGGCCGUUCAAUUUCUGUUUCCAUUAA